AUGGACCCUCGACACAAACUAUACAAAACCCUCGACAAGCUUACGGUAGAUUCUGAAACCGCUAACACGAUGAGUGCGACGACAAACGACGUAGCGAUGCAGGACGCAGCUAGCUCCGGCGUUACGCCGGACGCGAUCAAGAGGAAAUUGGAGACUGAGCUGGGCGCGACGUGGGUGGAAAUUGAGGAUAUGAGCGGCGGAUGCGGGCAAAUGUUCGAGGCUAUCAUCGUAUCACCACAUUUCACCAAGAAGACGACAUUGGCACGGCAUCGACUAGUCAACUCGACAUUGAAAGAGGAGAUUGCAGCAAUACAUGCCUGGACACCGAAAUGUCAUACGCCAGAAGAGUGGGAGAAGAAAAGGCCGCAGUAG